AUGGCAGCGCCGAGUACAAAGGAAAAGUUACAUUCGCUCAUUGAUGAGAUGGAAAUUAUAUCAAAAGAACUGUUUGAUCUGAUGUCAACACCCAAGGGACAGAGGAGCACUGAUUGUCCAGCAGACACAUCCCAACUUCUCGAGCUGCUGGUCUCAAAGGAUGCUGAGGUACAGACAUAUCUAAAAACAGCUGAGGAGCAAACAGAAACACACAAGAAAGCUGAAGGUCUUAAGCAGGAGAUUGAUCGGAGGGAUGCUGACAUUCGACAAUUACAGAAAAAUCUCAAGGAAGCUGAAGCCAUAUUAUCAACUGCCAUAUUCCAAGCCAGACAGAAGUUAUCAUCAAUCAACCGAUCUGAGACGAAGUCCUCAUCUUCUGAAGAACUCAUAAAAUAUGCACAUAGAAUUAGUGCGAGCAAUGCAGUGGCUGCCCCUCCUAACUGGGCCCAGGGUGACCCAAGACGCCCCUACCCUACAGACAUUGAGAUGCGCCAUGGUCUCCUUGGACGACUUAGUGACCUGCCCAUCAACAACCAAGGUGUGCAAGCACAGUCAUCAUUCACAGACCCUGUGCAUGCAGGUACUUGUAGACCCUUGGCGCCACCUGACCAUCCCCAACUUGGAGCAGCCUCAUCCAUGUCAUGGCAGCACUCGUCACAUGAUCUAAACAGUAGCAUACCAACGUCCUCCUCGGGACAGAUGUCUGUAUCCAUGGACACCAAGGGGCAAAAUAAAGAAAAUGAGGACGUCGAAGUGAUGUCCACAGACUCAUCAAGUAGUUCCUCCAGUGAUGAAUAGAUGUCUCAAUCGCUUUGAAAGGAUUACAUUCAGGUUAUUGGAACAGGACAAACAACCAGAAUGUUGUCAUCUACAGUAUUCACUUUCCUCGAGGGCCAUUUGGGAGGGAAACUCUUCUUGAGUUCUUCCUGUGUAUCCUCGAGGUAAAAGGCAUCAGUUUCAGCACUUGCAAACGUAGUCACUGUACAUACAUACAUACAUACAUACAUACGCACACACAUACAUACAUAGUUCAUGCUAGUAGAUGCACUGUGCUUGCCAGAACCAUGCUGGUGCAGAGCUGUGACCUAAGUGGGGAUGAGGGGCUGUUGAUUUGAUAAAAGGGGGAUUUGUAAAUUUGAGAUUGAUUUUGCGUAUGCUUGCAUAAAUAAAAGUGUUAGGGAAAUUGAACAUAUGAUACGAAUAUUUAGUCUCUAGGCAAACACAUAGCAGAUUUGGCAGGAGACUCUUGGUAUACUGGUAGCUAGGAAAUUGUUUCCCCAGUAUUCAACCCCGGCCCAGGUGACUUCCCUCACCGAAAAGCAGUGUGAUAUCAGUCAGGAUUCAGUCAGGUUGCAGUGUUACCUCACAUUUUUAUGGCAGUGUUGAAAUCAGUGGAAAGCAGUCAUAGGGAGUGUUUUUCAGUCACGCAAUACCAAAGCAUACAGUUAUACAGCAAUCAAAAAUAGAGGUUAGGGAGUCAUAAGCAGUGGUAAGACAGUCAAAAUCAGUGGUAAGGCAGUCAAAAGCAGUGCUCAUUUAAAUAUUUAGGCUGACUGAUUUCCACUGCUUUUGACACUGAAAAUGACUCCUCACUAUGCAUCAUGCACAGGGCUGGCAGUGGGGUUCAGUGUUAAUUUAAAUAUUUCGCAGCACACUGAAUCCACACUGAAACACCACUGAUUUUGACUGCCAUUUCCAAAACCUCUUGGAGGGAGCAGUCAUUUUCAGUGUUAAUAUGAAUAAUUUAUUUAAUGGCAUGCAGGCACGAACUGUUACUUUUGCUGUCCUAUUUUACUUUUUAGACGGUGUGUUUGCGUCCAAUAUGGCAGUGAUGACAUCAUCUGCACAAAUAGAGGACAUCGCCAUUGCAUGAUGACGUGACACAGUAAAAAGAUGACAAAUUCACGUCCUUGACCUACGUCAUUGCAAACUUUGUCAUAAUGACAGUGGUCAGAUGGGUUAACUAGACAAUUGAAAUGACACAUGGCACAUAGCUACUGUCAGUGAUGUCAGGGAUUAAAGCUAGAUCAAAUUGACAUCCAAAUAAAGUAACUGCACGCGGCCUGUAGAAUAAUGAUCUACUGAUUGAUGUGUAUUGAGCUCCCAUGCAGAUAAUUUGCAGUGUAUGCAUACAUUACAAUUAACACCUAUAGGGCCUACAGUAGAUGCAUGAAGAUAAGAUACAUGCAGAUAUCUUGCAGUGUAUGCAUGCAUUACAACACCUAUAGGGCCUACAGCCUUCUUGAUUUGCUGAAAAUACAACUUCAGUGUCUGUCCAGAUUACCCUUUUUGCAUUCAUUUGGCUCCUUAUGUGUUCCAAUUCAAAUUGACUAAAACUCCCCUCUUCUCAUAUUGAAAUUCGGGUAAAUAUCGAGAAAUAUGAAGAGCUACCAUGAUUUCUUGAAUGUUUGACUAUCAAAUUCAAACUUAAUACUAGCUUCCUGUCUCAGGUUGCAUUAUGGGUGAUAUUUAACACUGAAUUUGACUGCAAUUACCACUGCUUUACACUGCCAUCAAGUCUUAAUCUCACCAGUCAUAAAGCAGUGGUUUUCAGUCAUGUUGAAAAUGCCACGGGUUUCGAUCAGAGUUGGAGAAGUGGAAAUCAGUGGUCUUUCAGUCAUAGGCAGUGUUUUUGAAAUACGUCGUUCAUAAUGAUAUGCAAGUGGCAGUGCUUUGCAGUGGUCUUUCAGUCAAAAUCAGUGGUUUUAAAACAUUAAGAAAAAAUGAUAUGCCUGAGACAGUCAUAUGCAGUGGGGGUUUCAGUCAAAAGCAGUGUGAUGCAGUCAUUUUCAGUGCACUGCCUUUCGGUGAGGGUUGGGCUUAUUCAAUGUAUUGUUCAUAUCAUGGUGCUGAGCAUCCCUACAUGGGUGACAUCCUCUCCUCAAAGUUUUGAGAAAUCUAGCUAUCAAAGGAACGAAUUAGUAUGACUACUAGGGAUAUUAAAGAUAUGCAGUGCAAAGUUUCAUACGUUUUAGCGAGUUGAUUUUUAGAAAUCGGGGCUUUUGUAUUGAGUAAGCUUAUACAUGUACCUUCAAUGCAAUAGUAGUUCACAACACAUGCACAUGCAUCAGUAAUUAUAGACCCCACAUACAACAAAUGUGGGGUCUAUAUUGAGAUUACUAGGAGAAGGUACUAGGCUUCUGCAUUCUUCCCAGGUUAUAUUAUGGAGGUAGUCCAGCAAAACUGCUAUUUCAACUGAAAAACUGUCACCCCUGUCCCAUCAAACUAAACUCGAUCUAGUGCACCUGGCAAAGAUUUUUUCGAAAUUCGGAUAAUUUUGAUGACUUUGAAGCGUUUUUAUGCGCCGAUUUUCUGAUUUGCUUUCAAAUCUCCGGUACGAUUCUGUCAAUCACACGUAUAUUAGCAUAUGCUCCGCCCCGUAAUGGUGACGUUAUAUCCUCAUGCAUCAUGGCGGCGGUAUCUCUUUGCCGAAGUGGCGAGCUGUCGAGUAUUUUGAGCAAAGAACGACGGUUGACAUGGUUGAAUGAAGGAAUAAAAUAAAGGAAUAGCCUUAAAUGCUUAUCGAUGAUCCAUCCUGCCCAUCUGAAAAGGUUAGGGUGCUGUUUAAAUGUUACUGAGCGUGUGAUUUUGAGAAAGCGCGAGCGUGUUUGUCCCGAAAUAGAUCAUCCGCGAAACGGAAUAGACUUCACUCCUCCAUACGUGUACUGUGUGGGCCCGUGGGGGCUAUCAAAUUUGCUGACAAGCAAAUUUCAAAUUUCUAGUUUAAUCCUAUUGUUGGGGCUAUUAGUAAAUGCUGGCAAAUGGGAGUGAGGAUGGGCAUAUUGAACACAGAUAGCUGGGAAUUGGCAAUGUAGGUGUACUAUGGCUUCAUUGUUAGCUGGAGACUCUAUAGAGGCAUGCAGACUAAACUGACAAUUCUAGUUUUGUCAGCUGUAACAUGUAACAACGUAUGAAAAGGAUGAGACGUUCAGGUGCGGAUUUAUAACACUUGAUCGAUUUUGAAUGUUAUAAAAUUUGAAUUAUUUGUGUUUUCAUUGUGUUUUAUCAUGCAGCAUGAUGACAUUAACAUUGCCAUUAACCACGUUAACUCUUUCACUGCCAGCCCCAUUUUCAAGUCAUUCCCCAGUCUUGCCAGCAUUUUUGCCAUUUUUACCACUUUUUUGUAGCAGGAGCUGGGGGCCCUCUUUGGCGCCCUCGGCCAACUGCAGCUUGAUUCCCACCUGCAGCAGGCUGCGCCCCCUGCCCACCAUCACCUGAGUCAUUGUCACUUCUACUUAUAUUAUUACCCCCAACUGCCUGGUCAUUAUCACCAUCAGAAUCAGGCUGAUCACGCAAAUUGAUCUGAAAUUGGUCUAUCUUCACCAAUUCACCUGACUCGAAAUGCUCACUUCCUGGGGACAAGAUUGAACCGAAUGCUUCAGAGAACACUUCCGAAGACAUGGCGGGAGGUUUAAAUCAACGUUGAAUCAAUAGUUUGGUUUACUUUUUGAUUGGUAGAUGGAAACACCGAGAUAACGUUUUGAAACGUUAUUGGCAAUUAAGCGACCUAUUUUCAAUAACGUUUCAAAACGUUAUUGGCAGUGAAAGAGUUAACCACAUACAUCAGUAUCGACUGAUGAUUUUUGCGUACUCACACAGGCGGUGGUCUGGGCUCUUUGGUGCACAUGUUUAUAAGAGGUAGGGAGUACUGAAAAAUCGUAAAAAAACUGUGUGUACAUACUAUAUAUACACAGCCCUUUAGCAGAUUAAAAUCAAGGAUAUGAUUGAAAUUCAAGGAUAUGAACAGCCCCGUAGGAGAUAGAAUUUCAAGGAUACCUCAGAUAUUUUGUCCUCUUUCGGUUUAGCCCCUUAUAUAGCCUCGAUCUGCUAUGCCGUACAUCGAGCCUAUGUGCUACGGCGAAAAAAGCCAGGAAUUCAAGCCCAUCUCGUUUAAGCUUAAGCCAUAAUGAAAAACAGGAAAACCCCUCAGCGUAAAAAGAGUUUGACGUCACAAGGCUAGCCAACGAUCAGGCCAUUGUUUCGUCAACCAAUCAUUUUCGCAAUAGGCACCUCGCACUUCGACCCAUUUUUGGGAAGAAGUAUUGGUCUACUUGAGCACUGGUUGGACCAAAAUAUAUGACUACAACUUGAUGUAUAAUGCCUAUGUCUUGCAUGUAAUUCCAAUAAAUGUGGUAGUGAAAGGUUUAACACCCCUUUUUUCUAGCUCUACAUGUACAUGUAUGUGUAUGAAUAAGACAUGACCAGAAGGCAUGCUAGAUUUUCAAAUUUUCUUUAUCACUUAGGACCUGCGGGAGUAAUGGAAGUGCAGGAUUUCACAAACUUUGCUAUCAUGUCCCACGCUUGUUGAGAACAACAUCACUCUUGCAUUUGUGCCAAGAUAAAUCUGAUGAAAUUGAUCACACAAACCUGAAUUUGUAAAUACUGCAAAUAGUCUGUAAAUUUCUUCAUAAAUAAAUGUCGUUUUGUAA